AUGGCACCCACACCGACCCUCGUAGUCCACGGCGGCGCCGGUGCGUUGAGCCUGGGUCCCGUCUCUAUCGAUGAUCUGAAGGCCGGGAUCCUGCAAGCCGCUCGGGCGGGAUACAAACAUCUCGCCGGGCAGACGUCCUCGGCACUUGAUGCAGUGGAGGCAGCUGUUUGCUCCUUGGAAGACAAUCCAUUGUUCAAUGCAGGUAAAGGAUCAGCGCUGACUGUAGAGGGCAGCAUUGAGAUGGAUGCGAUCAUCAUGGAGGGUGCGGAUCUACGGACAGGGAGCGUGGGUUGUGUGCAAAACAUUAAGAACCCCGUUAGCCUUGCAAGAUUGGUCAUGGAAAAGACAGAGCAUAUUUUACUGGUUGGCGACGGAGCCAACAAGUUUGCCAGGGAGAUGGGGGUGCCCGAAAUCCCAUCGGAAGAACUCAUCACGGAGAGUAAACGCAAGUUCCUGAAAGAGAAUGAAAAGUUUCAAUCAUCCGUCAAGUAUCUGUAUAAAGAGAGGGAGAUGGGUAUGGAUGACCAUGACACAGUAGGAGCCGUCGCGGUUGAUGCCCACGGAAACGUUGCCUGCGCUACCUCCACGGGCGGAAUCACAGCUCAAAUGGUCGGACGUGUUGGUGACACCCCCCUCAUUGGGAGUGGUGGCUAUUGUGACAAUGCAGUGGGUGCUGUGUCAACCACAGGUCACGGUGAGGCCAUAGCUAGAGUCACCCUGGCUCGCAACAUCAUUUUCUACAUGGAGCAAGGCUUGUCACCGCAAGAGGCACUGAAAAAAGGCCUGGCAUACAUGAAGGAACGAGUGGAUUCUUUAGCAGGCGGUAUCGCAAUCAGCAACAACGGCGAGAUUGGGCAUUACUUCAACACAGAGGGCAUGACCUGGGCGUCGGUACAAAACGGAGAGUUGCACUAUGGGGUGUCUCCGGGGGAAGAUCUUGUCACGACGUACUGAGGAAGUUGUGUGGAUACAUGGGUAUGCAUUUUGUUCUUUUCCUUCGUAGAUUAUAGAAAAACUUAAAACAAGAUGGUGGACACAUUUUUUAACAUUGUUAUUUCACGAGUAGUUGAACACUUAUAUCAUCUAAGUAUAUACCAAAUUUCAGCUUAAUCUGUUGUUGCGGACGCUAGUGUUACUUUUUGAACCAUCUCUAAGGAACAUUUCGAAGACGAUCAAAAAAAUUAUUUGCCGACCCAACCCAUGUGCAUUGUUCAGCAAAAUGCUGUAGGCGCUACGGCUGACGGAUUUCGGCCCGGCACACAGUGAGAAGGGCAAAUUUUGAUAAAAUUGGGUUUUCUUGAUUAAUUUCUC